AUGGGCGUUGAAGAAGAGAUGAUGUUAUAUACUAAGUUAUGUCGGAGGUCGGAGGAGGUGGAUCUGCCCAGUCAUAAUCCCACUAAUCCUAAAAAGGUCAUCCAGUCUUGGCAUUUACAGCUUGCUCUCAUUUCCCAUCGCCGCGACCUCUCUCGGAUGCUAGCAGCAACAAUUUCUCGCAGCACUUCUCCGAAUUCAACGGUACAACAACUAAUUCCCCAUCACCCUCUCUUCCCCCCGAACAUUUCCAAUGGCGAAGAAACGUACGUCAAAAUCCCUCAAACUCCCCAUUCAAAGCUAACACCACACCCCAGAAAAAUCCCGUACCAUCGCUGUGCGUCUGCUCAGCAUGGCCAUGACUGGCUACUACCGAACCUUGAUCCGUCCACGAACUUCCCGACCUUUGAGUAUGUUGAAGUACGAUCCGGUGGUUAA